AUGGGCGCGCGCGUCUCCGGGGGGCCCCGGGCCCGGGCAGCGCUCGCCGCACCGGGGCUGCUGCUGCUGCUACUCCUGCUCCGGCUGGCCCCGGGCGUGCAGGCGGCGCGGGGCCGCGGCGGCGCGGAGAAGAACAGCUACCGCCGCACGGGCAACACCUUCUCGCAGAGCGUCAGCAGCCUGUUCGGCGAGGACAACGUGCGCGCCGCGCAGAAGUUUUUGACCAGGCUGACCGAGAGGUUCGUGCUUGGAGUGGAUAUGUUCGUGGAAACAUUAUGGAAAGUUUGGAUGGAGCUUUUGGAUGUUCUUGGACUUGACGUCUCGAACAUGUCCCAGUAUUUCAGCCCCACCUCAGUGUCCGGCAGCCCGGCCCGGGCCCUCCUGCUGGUCGGCGUUAUUCUCCUGGCCUACUGGUUCCUGUCGCUCACGCUGGGCUUCGCCUUCAGCCUCUUGCACCUGGUGUUCGGCCGCUUCUUCUGGGUCGUGCGAGUCCUCCUGUUCUCCAUGUCCUGCGUGUACAUCCUGCACAAGUACGAGGGCGAGCCCGAGAGCGCCGUGCUGCCCCUGUGCUUCGUGGUGGCGCUUUACUUCAUGACAGGGCCCAUGGGGUUCUACUGGCGCAGCAGUCCGAGCGGGCCCAGUGUGGAGGAGAAGCUGGAGCACCUGGAGAGCCAGGUCAGAGUGCUCAACAUCCGCCUCAACAGGGUGCUGGAGAGCCUCGACCGCUCCAACGACAAGUGAAGGCUGGCCGGGGCCCCUGCCACCAGUGCGCACGCUCGGAAGAAGAGAAAGAAGCAGCAACCGAACCCCAAACACUCUUAAUAAACGUGACUGAGCAAGAAAGCGGCACCUGGCCAUGGUAUUUUUGACCGCGUGUCGGCUCUUAGGACGUGUGUCAAGAAUUCAAAGGCCAUUUAUUUAGAACUACACAUUAAGUGUCAUCGUGGAGAAAAUAUUUUUCAAACAAAGGAUAGAAUCACACUAGCUGCACAGUACGCGAGAAGCGUGUCUGUGCACAGAGCAUCAAGUUAAUUUUUCAGGCAUUUAAAUACAUCUUUUGUAAGGUUUUUUAAUAAAGGCGGAUUGAGUCGA